AUGGGGUUGGGUCUCAAGAUCCUCCAGUGGGCCAUCCGCCUCGUCCAGCUCCUCUGCGCCGCGCUCGUCCUCGGUGUCUACGCCUACUUUCUCGCCACGCUCUACAACCACAACCUCGCCAUCGCCACCUCGGUGAGGGCCGUCGUCGGCAUCUCCGGCGCCGCCGUCCUCUACACGGGCGUCGGUCUGCUCCUGCUCUGCUGCCUCGCCGGCGUGCUCAUCACGUCGGCCGUCGCCAUCCUGCUCGACGUCUGCUUCAUCGGCGCCUUCAUCUACGUCGCCUACGCCAACAGGAACGGCGCCGGCUCCUGCAACGGCUACCUCGAUACCCCCUUUGGCAGCGGCCAGUCCAGCGCCACCGUCGUGACCUCGGGCGGCUUCACCGCGCUGCCCAGCUACCACACCGCCUGUCGCCUCCAGACGGCCUCGCUCGCCGUCUCCAUCAUCGCCAUCUUCUUCUUCUGCUGCUCCAUCAUCGUCGAGUUGCUCCUCAUCCGCCAGCACCGCCGGGACAAGCACUUUGGUCCGAGCCCGGCCAACAACUACACGUCAGGCUACGCCGCCAACCCCGAGCAAGGUCGCGGCGGCUUCAUGGGCCGCUUCCGCUCGGCGCCCAAGACGCACGCCGUGCCCCAAGAUCCCAACACCCUUCCGCAGCACACCCAGCCGGGGCAGCUCGUCGAUCCCAUGCGCCAGAGCUACGCGACCGAGGCGACCGCCGUCGGCCACGACCACCUCCCCAGCACCAACGACUUCGCCAAGCAGGAGGCCGUCUAUCGUCAGCCCUCGACCGCCUUCAGCGGGAACACGCAACCGGCUGCCGUCUCGCCGAUGCAACAACCGGCGCAGAUGACCAACGGAUGGCACGAUGCGCCACAGACGGCCAACGAGAUGGCCGCCGACAACCAGUACCAAGGAGGCACCUACAAUCGCUUCUAG